UGAUAGUCAAGGUCUCUUUUAUUACUUUAUGUAUUUAUUCUGAGAAGAGAAAACUCAGGGCUUUGUCAGCCUCAGUCUGUGCACACAGCGGCACUUACAAUACUAGAGAAAAAAUAUACAAUAAACAGGGACCUUCAGACAUGGGCGGAGCUCCAGCAGGGAAUUGAUGACAUUAACACAAUAAUAUCUGCAAAAUAAAUAGUUAUUAACAAACUCGAAAAAAAAUGUUUAAAGCUUCCUUUUCAAAAAUCACUUUCUUUCUGAGUUUCAGUCGUUUUUCCAUUCAUUUUAAUGUUCUUUUUUUUUUUACCCGAGGUUUCGCGAUAGAACGAGCUGACAUCAGCCGAGUUUAUACGAAGCCGACAUCAGCCGAAUCCUCACGAAGCCGACAUCAGCCGACUUCACACGAAGUAGCAGCCUCGUAGGUAAAACAGGGGAGUACAGCAUCACGCAGAAUUGAAGCUGAGCAUUUUCAGAAGUUUAGUCAAACCGUUGAUCUAUCAAAGUAACGGUCACCGGAUAUCACCACGGCAACGGGACCGAGGUUGCGCCAAACUACCAUCACAUCAACAGCCGGCAAACAAAGAGCUCCUUUUUCUAACGACAUCAUUUUUCCUCCGUAUUCCCUCGUUAUGAGUCAUGUGGCCGUCGAAAAUGUUCACGGUCUCGAGCAGCAGGUAAGCCUUUAUUCAUCUCUCCGUGCAUUACUGCAGCAUCGUUUGAAAAGAGUGUUAUAACGGUAGGGAGGAAGGUUAGCCUGUCAGCUAGUCAAGUGCUAAAGGGAUGCUAUCGGGCUAGCCAGUGUUUGGUGCGCAUGGAUGCUGCAUUCAGGUGCUCAUCGGAUGCUCGGAGCGUGGUGAUCUCUACACAUAACAUUGACUAUAUGUUAUCGCUAUGAACUACUGUAGGCCAGUUUGAGCACAGCAGCGAACAGAGAUUGCUUUAUAUCACUGUGACCUAAAAGUGUCUCCUGUUUGGUCCACAUCUUUGGCUGCUCAGUUUCCAUCCACUGAAAAUUUAAAUACUCUCAGUUCGGGAAUGCAAAGACAGAAAUUGUCUUGUUAGUUGUUCCGACCUUUAGGGUUUUCAUGAAGUCAUCCAGCCAGACCAAAUUUUUCCGAUUAUCGCGCCGUCACGUGAAUGCGGGCGGACUGUCCAGUCACGUGACUAGCAGCGGCUGCAGAGGAGCUGGUAGAGACCAAAGACUGUAUAUACAUGGUAGAGACAGUUUCAGUAAAUCUAGCUUCAGCAAAUAAGAAUGACAUAGUAUCUAAAUAAAAAAAUAACCAUCGACAAAACAGUUAAAAUAUAAUUCCGUUGAUUGCCAGUGUUAGAAUAGACUUCAUAUACACAGUAUCAGUUGUUACAGAGCUGUAGUUGGCCGCCGGCUCUGCAAUGUAAACAAAAGGAGUGCUCCUAUGAAGUGUUGACUGCACUGGUCCUGCAGAUACAGCGAUAAAAUGGAGGUGCGCGGGGCUGACCCGAAAACAGUGCGGGGUUUAAUGGUCUGGCACACAUCAAACACACCAGUGUGUGUAUCUUUCUGCGUCACCAAACGCUCUCUGUGUGUGUGUGUGUGUGUGUGUGUGUGUGUGUGUGUGUGUGUGUGUGUGUGUGUGUGCGUGCGCGCGCGCGCGCAUGCUAACAGAGCACUGUUUGUUCCCAAUGACUGUAAAGGUAACUCAAAAAUGAAAUAAAGCCCUGUAAGUGGUUGAAAAAUGUGCCUCGUGAACCCGUCAGACAUUUCUUCCAACAUCUUAAGUAUUUUUCAGGCUUUGGGCUUGUUGAGUCUGAUUUAGCAUUUUCACAUCAUUUACAGUUUGUUAGGUCUGUUCUCAUAUAGUGUAGAGGCUAAACAUUAUAAAGAUAGAAAAACUUGUACUAGAAACCUGGCCAUCUUUAUCAGAAACCUGUUUAUCUGUACCAGAAACCUUAUCACCCGUACCAUCUCCUCGAAACUAUCAAGGGUUUUCGCCGAGCACCAAAGUGGGCAGAAUUUCUUUAUUUUGCUUCUUUAUGGUGUUUAAAUCCCUGGUCAAAGCUCAUUACUGAUUAGGCAUUUACAGCAAAUGAUGGAUUGAUUAUCUGGUCAGACAAAUAACCCACUGUGAUGGCUUGGGUUAGAUAGUUUGAUUAUUCUCUGUGAAGGUUUGAGUUGGUAGGUUUAAUUAUAAUGUGUGCAGGUUUGGUUGGUUUGAUACUAGUAUGUGCAUGUUAGGGUAAAUUAUUGUGGUUAUUCUCUGUGAAGGAUUGGGUUACUUAGCCUGAUAAUAACGUGAAAGUUUGGGUUUAACAGUUAAAUUAUAAUAUGUGAUGAUUUGGGGUAGUAAGUUUGGUUAUACACUGUCAAGUUUUGGGUUAGUUGGUCUAGAAACCUUUGCUGAAGAUUUUGUUUAGUAAAUCUAGUAACUCCUUGGUGAAGUAUUAGAAAGCUUGGUAAUACUCUGUGAUGGUUUUGGUAAGUCCAUUUGGUAAUACCCUAAAGUUUAGGGUAAGUCAGUAUGGUUUUGGGUUAGUUAGCAAACCAAUACUCUGUAAGUUAGUUUGGUUGCACUGUUUUUGGUGUCUCAGUGAAAUCAAACAGGUAACACAGUGUUUGCUCACCUUAAACCAACAGGUGAAGUACUCAACACAGGAAAUAUAAUUAUAACACACUUCUGGUUUAUCCGUGUUCUCUCACUGUGUCUGUAUGGUCUGUCGUAUGUGUGUGUGUGUGUGUUUUUGUGUCUAUGUGUGUGUGUUUCUUGUGAUGUGUGUGUUUGUGUAGCUCGCUGUCCUGGACUUGAGUGCAGCAGACGGGACAGGUGGAGGGACAAACCGUAAGCAGACCGUGUAUUACGCACCUGUGCAUAUGCAUACACACACACACACACACACACACACACACACACACACACACACACCUGCAGAAAUAGUGAAAAUUUGAUCCAGUCUGAGGGUUUUUUUUUUAUCAGUCGGUCAUUCAGAGAGAAGAGAGCUGCUCUGUAGUCUGAAUCACCACAGAUUAAAGUUUGAAUACACAAACAUAACAGACACUGUUUGAUACACUCUGUGUGUUUGCAUGUUUUUUUAUCAGAACAAUUUAACCACAGCAGAGAGAGUGUGUGUUUAUACAGGGGCUUAAAUGAAACUAUAGACACAGAGUUCGAGUCUGUCUGAGUGACUGAUGGUGGACUCUCUCUCCCAUCCCCUCCCUCCUCCUCCCCUCGUUUGUCUGUCUGUAGGACGGUACAUCCCUCCCCAUUUACGGAACAAAGACGCUCUUAAAAAUGGUGAGUCCAAUCCUAACUCUGUCUGUGAUCCUAACCCCUGCAUUUGACCCAGCCUUUGGUCCCAGCCUUAAUCCCACAGGAUGUGCGAAUGUCGCGUUUCAUCAACGUUCCGUACUAUGCAGCAAAUACGUACAUUUCCAUUCUGAUCAAUGCUGCGUGUUACACAGGAAGCGUUGAAGCAGGUCUCAGAGCUCUGUCCCAAAAGCAUCUCUAAACGCUGCUCCACCAACAACACUUGUUGAGUCUAUCGUAAAUGGAGCACGCACCCAGCACGUGUCAAGCUGAACAGAAAAGACCGACCUUGACAGAAAGUCAAGCACAGGACUGGCAUAUGUCAUCCAGGAAAUUUUCAAAAUAAAGCACCACAUACAGACUGUUUAUCAGGUGGUACUGAUGAGAAAUCCUUCUUGGUAGUGGAUUUAUUGUCAACACAGAACAUUUCUAGGCCUAUCCUCGAUCCAUGUCACCCAUAGCAGGACUUUCAGCGGCUAAUUAUGUCUCCAGUCAAGAGCACAGCAAAGUGGAACAGAGUUUACCAAACACGAGUAAACCUGCAAUACUUAAAUUCACGAUGCUUGUUCCCAGAGGUAGAAGCACAACAGUCACAGAAUGAUAUCCAAAUUAGACAGAAAUGGACCACUGAAAGGCAAAGCAACCUGUUGUGAUUCUGUUUUUGUCUGACACCAGCUGCUCCAGACUUAACAUGCUUUAAGUGAGCAAGGACUUGCGCAGUAGCUAGGCUGAUGGUAUGCAACAAACACACAUCCUGUGGGUUUUAGGUCUAACCCUUUCUUUGACUCGAACUCUGUCUUUAACCCUACCCUCCAUCCCCCAGACUUGGUCUCUGGCCCUUACUUUGUCCCUGUUUUGAUGAAAUCCCCUGAGGAUGGAGUUAAAGAGGCUGAUCAGACUGUUAGAGUAUUCUCACCUGAGUUACCUGUGUUUGAAUCUAUGUAACACUACGGUAACUGAAGUCAGUGUGAAGGAGACAGCAGCUCAACUCUAUGUUUGUGUGUGUGUGUGUGUGUGUGUGAGUGAAAGAGAGAGAGAGAGAAAGAGGGAGACUGUGUGUGUAGGAAUAGCGUGUUACCUGAGUGUACCUGUUUUUACCUGCUCUUGUUUGAGGUACACCUGUACUAAAGGUUUGUGUCUGUUCAGCAGGAAAUGCCUUUGCUGCAGGUCGACCUGGCGGCUUUACCAUCGCUCCCAACACUGCCUGUGAGUCUGUCUUUGAUUGGUUGUUCUCUGCAGCCUGUUUAAACCAGUUUGAUGCUCAUAUGCACACACCUGCUGUCACCUGUUGACAGAGGACAGGUGAGCUCUCUGGUCUGAUCUGCAGGUGAUGGUGCUUUCAGGUGUUAACGGGACCAUAAACAGUGAGCAUGAUAGUGGUCUGAAAGUUUAGGCCCCUGUCAGUAUCUGUGUCAUCCAUCAGAGAAAUUACCUGUCAGACUGAUGUUACACAUGCUCUCCUUCCAGUGCAGCAAAAAUGUCAGAUCAAAAUCAGGAAAAAUUGUCUGUAAAAAACAAACAAAAACCUCUGCCCAUCACCUGUCUGUCACUUCUUGAUCACCUGUUAAUCAUUCCACUGUCAUGCAGAUGGCUGGGAUGGCGGACGGAACAACUUUGUUAAUGGUUACCACGACAAUCGCAUGACUGGCGCGAACUCCUUCAAUCGGGGCCCACCCCGAAUGGAGCGUGGCCGAGGAAACAUUGGAGGUUACCGCGGCAACAGAGGUGGAGCCUUUAAUCCCAUUAACCCGACUCAGACAAUGGGCUUCACAGGAUAUGAAAACAAAGGUGGGUCAAGUUUUUAUGAAAGUUAAGGAGCAAAAACUAACUUAAACUUUUUUUAAAACACAGCACACAUUGUUUCUCUGGGGCGCUUUGACUGACUCCUCUCAUUGUACUAUUCAUCUCUGAUUGGUUAAUUCAAACAGACGCUGCAGCCUGGAGCACAAACAAAGAGGUUUACAGCAGCUUCAGCAACAGCAGAGGAAAACCAGCUUUCUACAAUGACAGAGGAAACAACAACAGCAACAGAGGAGGGGGCCGGUAAGAGAGAAAGACUGUCAGACUGACUGACUGACUGACUAAUGUUGUGUUACACCAAGUGAGAACAGAAUAAGUUUCUCACUUUACUUAUAUCUGGACACAAGAAAGUUGUGUGUUUAUCCACUGAGUUUACAUAAUUUGUUUGUGUAAUUCACUCAAGUCGCUCGUCUGAUCAAGUCUUUGCCUUGACUUAACAUGUAAUUCACUCACCGGAAUGAUUUUAUUCACACUGUAACAGUCUGACUGACUGGGUGUCUGACUGAGUGACUACCUGACUGUUUGAGACACUGAGUGAGAGUCUGACUGACUGGUCUUCUGUUUAAAGCUAAUGGUUUAUGAGCAUAACAAGAUGUAUUCUCCAAUGUUUACACCAGACUUGUACCUCUGUCUCUUUCUUCCUUCCUUUCUAUUGCUCUCCCUCCCUUUUCUGCUUUCUCUCUGUCUAUCUGUCUCUGUCUUUUUACUUUGUCUGUCUGUGUCACCCCUCCCCCCCUGUCUGUCUCUGCUUGCUCUCAGAUUCGAUCAUGGGGGGUUUGGAGGAGGUGUUGGUGGAGGAAGCAGCCGCUGGGUGGAGGAGACAAGAGACGACGGUGAUUGGUCCAAACCGACUCCCCGAAAUGAGCGACUUGAACAGUGAGGAUAGAAUUAUUCUGGUAUUACCUGGUUCAGUCUAGUUCAAUCUGGUUUAAACCACUUUAAUCCAAUUGAAUUUGGUUUAAAAAAGUUUGAAUCUGGUUGUAUCUAGUUUAUCAUGAUUUAUCUGGUUGAAUCUGCUUUGAAGUGUGAAAAACUGGGUGUAUGGAUUUUCAAGUUUUUUAAUCUGGUUGAAUCUGAUUUUCAAUAUUCUGGUAAAAGGUUUUAAAGUUUCAAUGUGUCUUACAGUGUUUUAAUCUGAGUUAAAGAUGUUAAAUUUUUUUUUCUGUUUUAUGUGGUUUCUAAAUGUUGAAAUCUGCUUGAAUCUUAAUGUGUUUUAAUCUGCUUGAGUGUGGUUUUAAAAGUUUGAACGUGGUUUGAUCUAGUUUUAAGAGUUUUGACCUGGUUAAAUCCAGAGUUAAGUUUUUCAGUCUUGUUGAAUUUGGUUUUAGGUGUAAAAAUAUCCUUUACAGAAUGAUGUGGGUUUUUUAUGCAGUGGAGCCUGGGGGGUCAAAGGUCACGGGCAUCAAUGUUGUUUUUGGGCCCUGCUACUCAGGUGCAGAGAGUUCUCUGAUGCUCUGAAUCUUUUGAUGGAUUUAUGGACUGGAGAUGGUUAAAUCCCAAAAUUCCUGCAGUUGUUUGAUGAGAAAUGUUCACAAACUAUUGGACUGUUUGCUCACACAGUUGUUGACAAAGUGGUGAACCUAGCCCCAUCUUUGCUUGUGGAGGACGGAGCCUUUCAGGGAUACUCCUUUUAUGCGCAGUCAUGACUAGGGUUACAAAAUUGGAAACUUUCCGUGGGAAUUAACGGGAUUAAUGGAAAUAAUCUGGAAAUUUACAAAAUUGAAUGGUGGCCCUCAACAAGGAACUUAAAUAUAGUUGGCGGAAAAUAUAUUGUAGCAUAAUCUUGGCUAAAACAACCAGAUUUAAUGCAAGUACACUCCUUAAUCACAUGCACACAGCACACUGCUUGCUUUAGGGCUAUUGACGCCACACACCCCUGCAUGCACUGUGCAUUCCUCCAUCACAUGCACAGAUGAAGAUGAAGGAAAAUUAUUCACAUUUAUGUUUGGAUAUGAUACAGUUUGUUUAAAUUACCCCCAAUUUCCAGUUUAUUCCCAUAAAUUCCCAAUGAUUCCCAUAAUUCCAAUGGAAAGUUUCCAAUUUGGAAUAUUUCCAAAAUUCCCAAGCUUAACUUCCCAUGGAAAGUUUCUGGAAAUUUACCGAAAAUUUUCUACCCCUUUGCAACCUUAGUCAUGACCCUCACCUGUUUCCAAUAAAACCUGUUCACCUGUGGAAUGAUCCAGAUAGGUGUUUUUGAGGGAAGUCCUCAGUUUUCCCAGACUUUCGUUGCCCCGUCCCAACUUUUUAGGAAUGUGAUGCAGUAUCAAGGUUAAAAUGAGUGAAUAUGUACAAAAAACAAUCACGUUUAUCAGUUUAAAACUACAAGACAAACUUAAAACCCAGGUCUGUUAGUCUGUUUUGUAUGACACUAGUGUGUGUGUCUUUCAGUGAGCUGUUCUCUGGAAGCAAUACGGGGAUCAACUUUGAGAAAUACGACGACAUUCCUGUUGAGGCCACAGGACAAAACUGUCCUCACCACAUUGAGAGUGUGAGAGCAACACUCAGCACUCAGUAAAUGAUACCACACUCACAUGAAUACAAAUAAAAGUUCUGUGUGUGUGUGUGUGUGUGUAGUUCCAGGAUGUGGACAUGGGCGAGAUCAUCAUGGGGAACAUUGCUCUGAGUCGCUACACCAGACCAACUCCUGUUCAGAAAUACGCCAUCCCAAUCGUCAAGUCAAAGAGAGACCUGAUGGCCUGCGCUCAGACAGGUAAAGUGUGAAGUAGUGCAUUCACAACAAGUGUGAGUUAAAUUUGUUGUGUGAAUUGCAAGUAAAGUCGAUGCAUGUACUACUCAGGCGGCGUGAAUGAGACAGAGUAAUAAGGACGCUUGAUGUGUGUGUGUGUGUGUGUGUCUGUGCAGGUUCUGGAAAAACUGCAGCGUUCUUGCUGCCCAUCCUCAGCCAGAUUUACACUGAUGGACCAGGAGAGGCUCUAAAUGCAGCCAAAACCUCUGGACAGGUAGACUGUCACCUGUUCAUAAAUCAGUACUGUAGUAUAAAGACAGAGGGACUUUGUGUCUGUUUUUCCUCUUGUUUAAAAUCUUUGUUGUGUUUUUGUGUCAAAGGACAAUGGGAAAUAUGGACGCCGUAAGCAGUACCCUAUAGCUCUGGUGUUAGCUCCAACCAGAGAGCUGGCUCUGCAGAUCUACGACGAGGCCAGAAAGGUAUACGAUAACUCAUACUUCUUACCUUUUUUUGUGUAACUGUAUGUCAAUAUUAUUGUUCUAUAACUCUAAAUUAUUAUUCUUUAACUGAGUUAGUCUUCUGUAACUCUGGAUAUGUUUUUUAACUCUGACUUACUUUUCUUAAACUUAAUUCCUCAAUAACUGUAAAUUAUUUUUGUUUUACUGUAAAUUAUUCUUUUAUUACUCACAAUGACACUUAUUUAUCUCUUCUUUUACUCAAAAUUCUUCUCUCACUCGAAGUUAUUCUUCUAAAGCUUUAAAUUCUUCUUUAACUUUAAACCAUUCUUCUUGAACUCUUAAGUACUCUUCUAUGACCUUGAAUUAUUCUUCUGUAACUCACAAUUACUCUUUAAUUCUUCUCUAACUCUAAAUCAUUCUUAUUUAUCUUUAAAUUGAUAUUCUAUAACUCUUAAUUAUUAUUCUUUUACUCAAAAUCUUUUCUGUUUAACUCUUAAUUACUCUUCUCUAACUCAAUCAUUAUUCUGUAAGUCUCAUGUAUUCUUCCAUGAGCUUUUAAUUAUUCUUCUAUAACUCUAAAUUUAGUAGCUUUUAAUCACCCUUCUAUUCUUCUCAAUCAUAUUUUAUAUCUAAAUUCUUUUUAUUUAACUCUUGGUCAUUCUUUUUUAACUGUUAUUAUUCUUUAACUCUAAAUUGACCUUCCUGAACUCUUACUUAUACUUAAGUAACUGCUAUAUGUUCUUUGUAACUCUAAAUUGUUCUUAAAUAAUUGUAUAUCAUUUGUCUUUAACCCUAAAUUAUUUCUCUAUACCUCUUUAUUGUUUUUCUUAAACUCUAAAUCAUUCCCAAACUCGUUUUUGUUUUUCUUUAACCUUCUAUUUUUGUUUCUGACUUUGUGUCUGCUGUCAGUUCUCGUAUCAGUCCAGAGUGCGACCCUGUGUGGUGUAUGGAGGAGCAGACAUUGGGCAGCAGAUUAGAGACCUCGAGCGAGGCUGCCAUCUGCUGGUAGCCACACCGGGACGCCUGGUGGACAUGAUGGAGAGAGGCAAGAUUGGACUGGACUACUGCAAGUAAGGAAAACACACAUACCCAGGUGUAUAUACAGUGUGAUCAGUUCUAGUCUGAAAUACCGUGUCUUUCCCUUUUUGUAAGAAUAAGAAUAAGAACAACUUUAUUUAUCCCCAUUGGGAAAUUAAAUAUCAAUGUUUGUGUUUGUGUCUGUGAAGUUACCUGGUCCUGGACGAGGCAGACCGAAUGUUGGACAUGGGGUUUGAGCCUCAGAUCAGACGUAUUGUGGAACAGGACACCAUGCCACACAAAGGAAUCAGGCAGACCAUGAUGUUCAGCGCCACCUUCCCCAAAGAAAUCCAGGUACACUGGUACACACACCUCACCUGUGAUCCAGGUACACACACUCUGAGACUGUAUCAGCUGUGAUCAAGUGUUUAAUUUGUCACAGGUUUACUCACCUGUUUGUCUUUAAGUUGAUUGUCUUUACAAAAUGCUGACAGUUUAAAUGUCUUACAUCCUUCCCUCUAAUGUUCUCACUUGUUCUCACUUCUCACAAACCCAGAAUACAAAAACUCAGAUUAAGUUAACUCAGGUUAAAUAAACUCCAAUUGAUUAAACAGAUUAAAUAAACCCAGUUUUAAUAAACUCAAAUUAGAUUAGCUCAGGUUUGAUAAGUGAAAAUCUGCAUCUCUUAUCCUGUUAUUUAAACUCUGUUAUCUCCCACCCUCAGAUCCUGGCCCGGGACUUCCUGGAGGAAUAUAUCUUUCUGGCGGUAGGCAGAGUGGGGUCUACCUCCGAGAACAUCACCCAGAAGGUGGUGUGGGUGGAGGAGAGUGAUAAGAGGUCCUUCCUGCUUGACCUGCUAAGUGCUACAGGUGUGGGGAGGGCAGGUUCACCUAGGGGUUUACCAUUAAGUGAGAUGAGCACAGCCAAUUUUUCUGCGAGUGAGCCACUGAGGCCCAAAACCCACAGGAUGCGUCAGAGCUCCAUCUCGGCUAUGUUUCUGCUCCGUCUCGACCUGCUUCUCUGCGCUUCUAACAGGCGUCAAUUUCAACAGAGCAGAUAGCAUUAAACAGGAAGUCAAGCACAAGCAGGUUAAGUGAAUUUCCAAAAUAAAACACCAUAUGCGAACUCCUGACUGUUUAUAAGAUUGUACAGUUGAGAAAUACCUCCUGGUUAUGGAUUUAUCAUGAACAAAGAACCCAAUGGCCUAUCCCUGAUCCAUGUGGCGCACAACAGGACUUCUAUCUGUCUGAAGGUAACAGCACAGUAAAGUGGAACAUAGUUGACUUUGCUAAACACAAGAAAACCUGCAAAAAAUCUCCACUGUAAAGUCACAGCAGAAGUACAACAAUCACAGAAUAAAAUCCAAAAUAGCAGGAAAUUGAUCACAGAAAGGCAAAGCACACUGUUGUGACUGUGUUGUUUCCUGUAUACUGACUCCAGCUGACCGGGGCUACUCUAUGCUGCUGCUAUGCUCAAAACAUGUUCCCAGCGGCUGUGACCAAACAUGCCCAACAGGGAUCCUGUGGGUUUUCAGCAUUAGUUUGAAGCUGCAGAAAUCCUGGCUGUACUGAAGCUGAUUAAGAAUUUUCUUUCCUAAACUCUCUUUCAAACUGAGCGUGCUCAAGUAUAGAGGGCAAUGAUCAGUACACUAGAAUAGAAAAUUAAUUGUGACUGUUCUCAGUCUUUUUUGUCAUUAAAUGUCUCCACAAACUCUCUUGUGGCAUUGGCUGAUGAUCUGGACCACCACAGAGAACUAUUAUAAUGAAAUGAUCAAUCAAUCAAUCAAAUUUUAUUUAUAUAGCGCCAAUUCACAACAGUUGUCAUCUCAAGACGCUUUUCAAGGAACAAGAGCAGGUCUAGACCACGCUCAUUGUUUGAUGAUCAAGAACCAACCUAAGAUGGGUUUUGGCCCAUCUCAACUAACAUGAGUAACAGUGGCAAGGAAAAACUUCCUUUUAACAGGCAGAAACCUUGGGCAGGACCAGCCUCAUGUUAGACAGCCACCAUGCUGCUGCUGGGUUGGGGAGGAAUGUAGAGUGAAGAGGGAGAGAGAGAGAACAAGAUAAGGGAAGGCGAGAGAGAAUGAGUAAGGAGAGGGAGUGGGAGGGAAAGAGAGUAGAGAACGAGGGCGAGAGAGAGACAGGGGGCAGCAGAAACAACAGCAACAACAACAACAGCUCAUGUAAUGGUGAAGAAAAAAGAGUUCAGUUUACAGGGUUAGGUGUGAUCAAAUGAUCAAAAGCUUUAUAGUUUACUCAGAGCUAAAACUCAGAGUGGCACCUGGUCCGGACCAAGUGCAUUUCAGAACCAGGUGCCUGACAGAACAUCACUGUCUGCAGAUUCUCACUUCAUGGUUGACACCCUAGCAUUGGGUGAAUUACAUGUACACUCGCACCCUCACAUACACACACACUAAAACACUCGUGCAGACUCUCAGGUGUGGUAAAAUGUUCACCUGUUGGUGGUUUGGUUUUAUUUGAAGUCAUCCCCACUGAGGUUCAGGACUCCUCUGGAGACGCCUUAGAGAAACCGGGUAAGACGGUCAGAAUAUGUUUAUGUUUUCAUCAUUCUGCCUGCUCCAUUUCCGCACACACACUCAAAUACACACACACACACAUUGACUCAAUGUAUUUCGGUGCUUCUGUGAUUGAUAGGGAUGGAAUGUGUUUUUAUUUGUGGUUCAGGUUUUGCCUGGCUGUCCUCAGACCUGCCUGCUUCAUUCCUGUUUUAUUUUUUGUUUUUUUGUGUGUGUUUGUUCAAAGUUUCAUUUGGAUUAAAAUCUCAGGAUUAGGCUGUCCGUCUUUAUCUCCUUCCAGCUGCCUGCUUGCCUCUGCUCAAUGCAAACUGUGCUGGAUGUUUCAAGUGCAUGUGAUAAAUUGCACUGUGUGUCUCACACACACACACAGACACACACACACAGACACACACACACACACACACACACACAGCCAGGCCCACUUCUUCCUAUUAUCAUUGUUUAUACAGUCUGGUGUGUCUGAUGGUUCUUACUGAACUUAGUGUUUUGGUCAGUUCUUUGUCAAACUGAUAUAAGAGUGUCCUGCUGCUGUGUCCAGCAGAGGGCAGCUUUCUGAAGGUGUGUCAGGUGUGUUUUAACCAUAGACUGUAUAUAGAAUAGGCGCCGUCAGUCUCCUCGCUGGGUGAAGCCACUCAGAGAACAGCACCCUCUGGUGAUGGGCUGCAGUAUAGGUUAUAAAUCCCGCCUCCUCCAGCAAUCCCUAUGGAGCUGUGGACAAACUUCAGAAAUUAAUUACACCGAAUAUAAAUAUUUUUCCCCCCUGGUUGAGAUGUUGACAUGUGGUCAUUGUACGACUGGUUUGUGCUCAAGUCCUCCUCUUUUUUUCUGUGCAGCUCCAAUUUUAAAAGUAAUUAGGGGGUAAAUUUUUUCUAUGAUUAACACGUGAUACAGCCUAUGGGUGUACGAAGAUUGCGUAGCUCACCUGGGGGAUACGCUGUUUGAGCCGAGCGUCAUCACAGCGACUCUCAGCGUCUCUUUCGCCAAAUGCGUACAAUGCUACAAGGCCACAAAGUGGAGAACAAACCUGGAUAUACCAAGAGCUUUUGGCUUCAAGGCCGCAUACUGGUGGAAUGCAGAGCCAAGUUGUCCAUAGUAUAUACAGUCUAUGGUUUUAACACACCCUUUUUCCUACAUUAGAUGACUAUCAGCAUGGCUCCUGCUCAAACUUUUACAGUUGAAUCACACCUUUAAAAACACUCUGCGUCACCUAAAGUGUGCGCUGUAUCUUUGAUAUGUUCUCAGAUUUACUGACUCAACACUGCUAUCUAGUGUGUAUGUGUGUGUUUCUGCAUAUUGUCACUAUUAUCCCUCUAUUUCCACAGAGAGGGUUAGAAAUACCAUGUUACAUCUGAUAAUCAAACCAAUCACACAGAUCUCUGCAGGUUCACUCACGUGUGUUUUUUUUUUCUCUCCUCCUCAGGUAAAGACUCUCUCACUCUGGUGUUUGUUGAGACUAAGAAAGGAGCGGAUGCCCUGGAGGACUUCCUGUACCGUGAGGGUUAUGCCUGCACCAGUAUCCAUGGAGACCGUUCCCAGAGGGACAGGGAGGAGGCGCUGAGCCAGUUCAGAUCCGGGAAAUGUCCAAUACUGGUGGCCACAGCGGUCAGUGAAGAUCCAACUCUGACUCUCACUCAUAUAAUAAUCAUUACAAAGUACUGCUACUAAUAAUUAACACACUGCUAUGAUUUAUAUGUAUCGCUGCUGUCAGAAUAAACUGAGCCUAUGCUCUAACUAUGUUUGUAUAUAAACACACUGAUAUACACUCACCGGCCACUUUAUUAGGUACACCAUGCUAGUAACGGGUUGGACCCCCUUUUGCCUUCAGAACUGCCUCAACUCUUCGUGGCAUAGAUUCAACAAGGUGCUGGAAGCAUUCCUCAGAGAGCUUGGUCCAUAUUGACAUGAUGGCAUCACACAGUUGCCACAAAUUUGUCGGCUGCACAUCCAUGAUGCGAAUCUCCCGUUCCACCACAUCCCAAAGAUGCUCUAUUGGAUUGAGGUCUGGUGACUGUGGAGGCCAUUUGAGUACAGUGAACUCAUUGUCAUGUUCAAGAAACCAGUCUGAGAUGAUUCCAGCUUAAUGACAUGGCGCAUUAUCCUGCUGAAAGUAGCCAUCAGAAGUUGGGUACAUUGUGGUCAUAAAGGGAUGGACAUGGUCAGCAACAAUACUCAGGUAGGCUGUGGCGUUGCAACGAUGCUCAAUUGGUACCAAGGGGCCCAAAGAGUGCCAAGAAAAUAUUCCCCACACCAUGACACCACCACCACCAGCCUGAACCAUUGAUACAAGGCAGGAUGGAUCCAUGCUUUCAUGUUGUUGACGCCAAAUUCUGACCCUACCAUCCGAAUGUCGCAGCAGAAAUCGAGACUCAUCAGACCAGGCAACGUUUUUCCAAUCUUCUAUUGUCCAAUUUCGAUGAGCUUGUGCAAAUUGUAGCCUCAGUUUCCUGUUCUUAGCUGAAAGGAGUGGCACCCGGCGUGGUCUUCUGCUGCUGUAGCCCAUCUGCCUCAAAGUUCGACGUACUGUGCGUUCAGAGAUGCUCUUCUGCCUACCUUGGUUGUAACGGGUGGUUAUUUGAGUCACUGUUGCCUUUCUAUCAGCUCGAACCAGUCUGGCCAUUCUCCUCUGACCUCUGGCAUCAACAAGGCAUUUCCGCCCACAGAACUGCCGCUCACUGGAUAUUUUUUCUUUUUCGGACCAUUCUCUGUAAACCCUAGAGAUGGUUGUGCGUGAAAAUCCCAGUAGAUCAGCAGUUUCUGAAAUACUCAGACCAGCCCUUCUGGCACCAACAACCAUGCCACGUUCAAAGUCACUCAAAUCACCUUUCUUCCCCAUAUUGAUGCUCGGUUUGAACUGCAGGAGAUUGUCUUGACCAUGUCUACAUGCCUAAAUGCACUAAGUUGCCGCCAUGUGAUUGGCUGAUUAGAAAUUAAGUGUUAACGAGCAGUUGGACAGGUGUACCUAAUAAAGUGGCCGGUGAGUGUAUAAUAUAAUAUAUAAGAUAUUUUAAUAUGAUUGGACCAUCAUUAUACUUUAUUUUUAUUUUACUUAACCUUUAUUUAACCAGUAAAAUCACACUGAGAUGAGUCUCUUUUGCAAGUGCGAACUGGCCAAGGGUAGAGGCAAAUAAAAUGUUACACAGCUCUGCCAGUAACAAUACAAAACAAUGACAAUACAAUAUGGAGAGACUGAGAGUACAAUACCAAUUGCUUAGGCUCAGAAAGGAUGGAGAGACUAGCAAAAAAUAGAAUCAAAUAAUAGUACCAGGAAGCACUAUAUAAAAUUGGAAUAAAAUAAGCUUAAAUAAGUUAGCAAUAACAACAAUUUCAAACACUGAUCAACAAAACAGGUGCAAGGAAUGGUAAAUGUGCCCCUGUCAAUCCUUUUGAAGCUCACUAGAGGGAUUAAAAAAGCCAAUUUCAGUCUGGUCUGAAGGUCGUUCCACGACCAGGGCCCAAAGAAGUACUUCCAGAUAUACUUCCAGAUGUGAGAUCCUUGCAACUACUGCGGGAGUGAGGAUUAUGAAAAUCUGACACAAAACCAUACUAAUGAUUAUUCCAUGUUGACAUAUGUUCUCUCUCUCUCUCUAUCUCUCUCGCGCUCUCUCUAUCUCUCUGUCUCUCUUUAUGUGUGUGUGUGUGUGUGUGUUUGUGUGUUUGUGUGUACAGGUGGCAGCUCGAGGUCUGGACAUCUCUAAUGUCAAACAUGUCAUUAACUUCGACCUGCCCAGUGACAUUGAAGAGUACGUCCACCGUAUUGGGCGAACAGGGCGAGUGGGAAACCUUGGUGAGACUGUAGCUUUGGUUAGACUCUCAGAAGUGUGUGUGUGUGUGUGUGUGUGUGUGUGUGUGUGUGUGUGUGUGUGUGUGUGUGUGUGUGUGUGUGUGUGUGUGUGUGUGUGUGUGUUUAAUUGUUGUUGAAUCAUUCGUAGGUCUGGCCACGUCCUUCUUUAAUGAUAAAAACGGAAACAUCACUAAGGACCUGCUGGACAUUCUGGUGGAGGCCAAACAAGAAGUGCCAUCAUGGCUGGAGAGUCUGGCUUAUGAGCACCAGCACAAGAGCAGCAACAGGGGGCGCUCCAAGAGGUACCAACACACAGACACACGCACACACUUUCUUAGACCAAUGCAGAAAGGAAGUCAUAUCAAAUUCUGACAUUAGAGGAUCAUUAGUGGUUCGGCUGAAGCGCACAGUUGAUGUUGUUCCUCCUCCAGGCUCCCUGCAGGUUUUUGUUUCUAUGGACUGUCCUUAAAGAUUUUAUGAAGGGUUUGUCCACCUGAAGUGAUGUCCCACUCUGUUUGGUAUUUCUUCUCCAGGUUUUCUGGAGGUUUCGGGGCUCGUGAUUACCGUCAGACAGCUGCAGGAGGAAAUGCUGGAGGGUUUGGAGGACGAGGAGGUCGAAAUCAGGCAGGACAUGGAGGAAACAGAGGCUUUGGAGGAGGUAAGGACCUGAGGGUCAGCAGUACCAUAGGGGAAAGAGGAUGUGAUAGUUGAGGUAGAUUUAGGUUCACAGUGAAGGUCGCUCAAGAAAAUUCACUCAGCUCUGUUACAAUAGCUAAGCUCACUGCUCAGGAGGACUUUUCUUUUCUGAACUUCUGUCUGUUUCCUGUCAGGGGGUUUUAGUAACUUCUACACCAGCGAUGGAUACGGAGGAAACUACUCACACUCUCAAGUGGACUGGUGGGGAAACUAGGGUCUUCUUUUUUGUCUUCUUUAUGUGUCCAUCUCUCCUUCAUAUCUCCUUCUCUCCUUCAUCUCUCAUUGUCUCUUUGUCUUGUUUCCUCACUGGUGUCCUUCUCCCCUUCUCCUCCUCCUCAUAAGAGCCCUCUGCAUGUUAUUAAACUAUUUAUACUCAUUGAUAUAUCCUCCUGUGCAGUCACCUGUUCUGUUGAAUUUCUCUGUCUGUAAAUCUGAAAUCAGGACGUGCUCGGUUUUGUCUUUUGACUUAAUUUGAUAAUUUUUCACUCCAGCCUCAGACUGACUCAUCGGCUUCAAACUAGCUUCAAACUGGCUUCAAACUGGCUUCUUCUUUAGCGAGUGCACAGUGAAAGAAAAAAAAAAAACACGUAAAAUGAAAGUUGAGGUUUUUUUUUAGGAACUCUGGAGGACCAUAUUUACAGAGCAGCUGAAGGAAAUACUUUUGCUCCCAUAUUUUUUGUUUUCAGUUUGCGUUUCAACCUGUUUUUAUGCAGAACCAUCACACACCAUGUUUGUGAAUAAAACACCACCAUGCUAUAAACCACCAAUCAUACUUUUGUGAAAUUUUACACAAAGGCAAGAUGUCAAACCUGACCAAAACACAUCUGCUGUGAUAUGAUUUUAAACACGUUUGAUAUAAUUUCUAACACAUCUGGAGAUGGUUUAAAUCCUAUGUGGGGUUUCCUCUGUUACAGAGUAAAACAAAAAUUUUCGUUUUAUUAUCUGAAAAUGUUUAGCAGAAUAAUUUCCUGAUAAAUGGGGCAGAUGUCCAUCAGGAACAGUCACACGGUCUGAAGAGAAACUAACUCUGACAUUAGAGGAUCAUUAGUUUUUGUACUGUGCCUUUAACAAUCUGCACUCUUUUUUGAUUUUUAUUUUAAGCCAUAACACAGACAAAAACCCACACAAACCCAUCAGCUAACCAAGAGGAAAGAUGACAUACCUUAAUGCCAUCUAUAAAGUAGAACUUUUUGUUCUUUUGUGGAAUAAUUUAACGACAUCAAACCUUGGCUAUAAAAAAUCAUGACCUAAUCGGAGAUUUAAAAAAAAAAAAAACUCAAAGAUUUUUCAUCUUUCUGAUGGACUCACACUCGUCGGGCUGAUAAGUGAUUUUAAAGAGCAUUCAAACCCUGAGAACAUGGAAAGACAUGGAUAUGAACAAACUACUGUCCAAAAUCUGUAAACUAAAGCCUCCUAAAUUCUUUGUGACAGAAAGGUCAAAGGUCAGGAGCUUUUAAAGGUGGAGUUUAGUAAACUGACAUCCCGAAUGUGAUUGAUCAGUCUGAGCUCAUAGUCUGUUUCUCAGAGCGUUCUAACACCAUGAACCACCAAUAGGACCUGGACUGACACCAUGAACAAAGACCCAGACCACCAAAAGACCAAGACUAACACUGUGAACCAAGACCGUUUCUACGACCAUGAUCAAGGCUUACACCUAUAUCAAGAUCCUGACCACCAGCAAGACCAAAAUAGAAUCGAUAAACCAGGAUUCAGACUACCAACAAGGUCAAGACCAUCAACAAGACCCAGACUGUUACCUAAACGAAAAUCAAGAUUAACAUCAAGAGCAAAUCAGACUUUCAUCAAGAUCCUGACCCAGAAUGACACAGUAGCUGGCAUAAAGUUCCCUAUCCCAAUUUGACACUGAGUCCAACCCCAAAAACAACCAUACUAAUCCCCAAAAUAACAUCAAAACACCCAGAUCCACUCCAAAAUACCAAGACUAAACUACCAAGACCAGAAUAAGAUCCACACCUUCAUUACAGACCGAUGAGGAAGCUGACACUGAGAUCCACAUCUAGACUGAUACUCCUUAUUUCAGACCAACAUCCAGAAAGCAGACCAACUGUAAGAUCAUGGAAUGACAUACAGACUUAAGACAAAAGACCAGAUUCCAGACCAACAUCCAGACCCCAGAUCAAAAUUCAGACUCUGGACUGAUAUCCAGACCUCAGACCAACAUUAUGUGUGUUUGUGUGUGUGUCCAGGUUGAUGACUCUCUGCAGCACAUUGCUCUGAAGUGACACUCAUUGACAACAGAUCGCUGGUGUAAAAAUUGUCUUUAAAAGCAAAGCAGCUAGUUCAACACUUGGCUCACUCUAUCCUGGAGUUUUAUUGAAGAGUCUGAACUAAAUUCAGUUAUUCAGUUUACCUGUCAGGUUUAUAGCUUGAUAGUGAGAGAGGUGAGAGGUAACAGCAAAGUCAAGGGGGUAAGAGAAGAGGUGAGCCCUCCUGCAGCAGGUUCAUACCUGCGUUACUGUGACAGGAAACCAUCUAUCCCUCACUGCACUACAGCUGAUCUUAAAUGAACCACCAAACUGGUUAGUUCUUUAAUCAACUGGGUGGUUCAUGGAUUUACUGGUUGUUAUAGUUAAGAGGUUAGUCAGUCUGUUAACUGGUUGGUCCAUUAGCUUAAUGGUUAAAUUGUCUGCUUUUAGUCAACUGGUAAGGUUGAAAAUUACCAGGUAGGUUCAUUUGUAAACUGAGUUGAUCUUUUGAUGAGUGGCUGGUUAAUUAUUUAAUUUGUGGUUCAGUUUGUAAACUGGUCAUCCGAUCCGUUUCAAUGCUUAAACCUUCUGUUAACUGUCUAGUUUUUCAAUUAAGUUGUUAGUUAUGGAGUACAUACGUAUGUUCAUGAGUUACUGUUUAUCCAUUUACCAUUUAAGAGUACACCAGUUAGUUUUCAGAUUAGGUCAUAAGUUAACUUGUCCAUUCACCAGUUCACUUGUUUAGAUGUUGUUAGUCUUUCACUCAAUACCCAGGCGUGAAUGUCUUUGCUUCUUUGACUCACAUUUACUUUUACAGUUACACAAACACAAACAUGCACGUGCACACACACACACACACACACACACACACACACACACACACACACACACACACACACACACACACACACACACACGCAAACUUGGUGUGUAUUUUGAAAACUAACUGAUCUGUUAGCUUUGAUUUUACUCAUCUAUAUCUAUUUUCAUGAUUGUUAUCAUUAUCACUUUGAAAUCCUGUGUAAGUGUGAUUCAUUAUUCAUUUUUGGUAACAGAUUUUUGACAAUUCUUUUCAGUCAUUAGCAAACAAAAACUUGUCUUGUCCUCAGUCUGUCAUAAAAAUAUCAAACAGUUACAAAUAAUGAAACUGUUUACAGUAAAACAUUAACCAACGCCUGCACUCUGAACUUAAUAACUUUAGAGCUGUUAACUGUUAAAGACUAGUGGCUGCAGCUUAGACUGGUGAUCACAGGCAAAUGUAGGUGAUCACAGGUAUCGUCUGGAUUACCACAUCUAAACCAGGUGGUAACAGGUACAGUUGAGGCCAAAAUUAUUAGCUGCCCUCUGAAAUUUCUCCCAAAUUUCCAAAGUGCUGUUCAACAGAUUAAUGAUUUUUUUACACAGCUUUUCUUUACAUCCUGGUUUUAUUUUGGAUCCUUACAUUAUUUUACUUUGCACACAGAAACAAAAUUAUUUCACAAAAACCAAAAACUACCAGGGUCAAAAAUAUUAGCCCCCCUGAGGCUGAUAGUCAAUUGUGGGUCCUUUUUGCUGGAUAACAGCAUGCAGUCGGUUGCUGUAGUUUGUAACAAGGCUCUGGCCCAUCUCCUGAGGAAUCCCAGCCCAUUCCUCUUUGGAAAAUCUUUCAAGCUCAACCAGAUUUGAUGGUCUACUAGCAUGGACCCUGGUCUUCAGUGCAGCCGACAGAUUUUCAAUGGGAUUUAAGUCAGGGCUUUGUGCAGGCCAGUCAAUAACGUUCACUUUGGUUUCCUGGAGGCAGCUCCUCACCAGGAGUGCCGCAUGUUUUGGGUCGUUGUCAUGUUGGAAGACAAAGCGACGACCCAGACCCAGUUUUGCUGCUGUCUCCUUGAGGUUUUCUUGCAAAAUCUUCACAUAUCCUUCUUUCUUCAUUAUUCCUUCAACCUUGACAAGAUUCCCAGUUCCAGAUGCACCGAAACAUCCCCACAGCAUGAUGCUCCGACCACCGUGUUUAACUGUGGGGACAGUGUUCUUGGGGUUAUAUGCCUCUCCCUUCUUUCUCCAAACAUAAGCAAUGUCUCUGUGACUAAAGAACUCUAGUUUGGUCUCAUCUGACUGAAGAACACGUCUCACGUUUGAACAAUCUUUCUCCAGAUUGUCUUUAGCAUACCUCAGUCUGAUUUGAAGGUGUCUCUUGUAGAAGUGGAGUUUUUCUUGGCCUGCAUCCUCACAGUCCAUUUCUGUUCAGCGCUCUAGAGACUGUCUUGUUUGACACCACAAUUCCUGACUUGGCUAAGUCACCAACUUCUGUUUUGGUGGUUGUUCUAGGUUGUUUAGACACAUCUCCCACCAGUUUUCUUUCCAGUCUCUUUGAAAUUUUUCGCUUGCUACCUCUCCCAGACUUGUUCUGUGCUGUGUGACUCUCCUUGAAUUUCUUGAUGAUACUUCUCACUCCACUUCUUGACACUUGAAAAUGCUGUGAUAACUUUUUAUAUCCUUCUCCUGCUUUGUGAGCAUCAAACAAUUCUUUUUCUAAAGUCUAAACUGAAUUCUUUUGUUUUUGCCAUGAUGCCUUCUCAAGUGACAGCUCAAAUGCCUAACGAGGUUUUUGUACUGUGUGUAGGACAACCCUUUGUUUUAACUUAAUUGAUUGAUUGAUUACAAGCUGUGAGCACUCGAAAGUGAACGUACAUGAUUGCACAACAGUGGUUUUUGUUUUGGCCCAAUGAAAACGUAAAUUCUUGAAGGGGCUAAUAAUUUUGACCCCGGUAGUUUUUGGUUUUGUGAAAUAAUUUUGUUUCUGUGUGCAAAGUGAAAUAAUGUAUGGAUCCAAAAUAAAACUAGAAUGUUUGGAAAAGCUAUGUAAAAAAAUCAUUAAUCUGUUGAACAGCACUUCAAAAAUUUUGGAAAAAAACUUCAAAUUUCAUACGGGGGCUAAUAAUUUUUGCCUCAACUGUAGAUACAAGUAAUCACAGGUAGAUACAGGUGAUCACAAACAGAUAUAGGUGAUCACAGGCAAACACAGGUGAUCACAGGAAGAUAAAGGUGAUAACAGAAAAAUAAAGGUGAUCACAGGUAAAGUCUGGAUUACCACAGCUAGACCAGGUGAUCACAGGUAGAUAAAGUUGAUCACAGAUCUGGAUUACCACAGUUUAACCAGAUGAGCACAUGUAAACCAGGUCACCUUUAUUGACUUUUAAAGUUUUCAAAGCUGGGCUGUACAAAUCUGCACUUUUCAAAGAUUUUGAAGUUUUUCAAAACCUUUUAAUGCCUUAAAUUCCUGGUGAUGCAUUAGUGUCACCACUAUACAUUAUUAGUGUCACCAUGGUAACCUAUAUGUAUGUUUGAACACUCCUUGGUGCUAUGUUAAUAUUGUUGCGUCAGAGAGACUACAAAUCCCAGCAUGCUUAAUAGAAAGUCACUCUAUGUGUGUGUGUGUGUGUGUGUGUGUGUGUGUGUGUGUGUGUGUGUGUGUGUGUGUGUGUGUGUGUGUGUGUGUGUGUGUGCGUGUGGGUGCGUUUGUGUGUUUCAGCUGCUGGCACACAGAUUUGUGUGUGGCUGUGUGUAGUUUUUUGGAGGUAAAGUAUUUAUUUUUGUACAUGUAGAGUUGGACACAGCACCCCCUCGUGCAGGGAUAGGGAUAGUGCAGAGUAAGGGACAUGAGGGAGUUUUCGGGGAUAGUGUGAGCUUUGAAAUGUGAGAGACAGACGAGCUGCUCGUCUCUGCAGCACUUAAACAAACACAGAGACUGAGACUCAGACAUCUCACUGAUCAGGUGUGUUCAUUAAAACUGAAAUAAACAUUCAAAUCUUUAUAUUUGUUGUUUAUGUUCUGUGUUGUUUGUAAACACCUGAUGAAGUUGUUAAUGUAAAUAGAUAAAAAAAAUGUUUCCUGUAAACUCUCAUUGGACUCAGUUGCCAGAAAUCAACACUUACCCUCAUUUUCAAUUGGCAAAGUCAAUCUGAGAUCAUGAUGCCAAGGUUUGGAUUAAAAUUUAUAUUUUCUGAUCGACCAUUUUAUAAAAACAAAAUGAAAAUGUGCAGUACAAAAAAUAGAUUCUCUCCAACCAGAUUUGAUUUAAAUUUUUCCUUCCUGACACCCUCCCUGUGAACGUCUUAAAGUCUCUAUCACACAGACUGAACCAUGCUUAUCGCUGUGCUGUGCCGAUAUUUUCAGGUGAGUGUGUCGGUGCUCAGGUGGGACACUGACCAAUCAGGAGCCAGGAAACACCUGAACAAAAUUUUUAACUCCUUUAAAAAAAAACUGUGAUAUUUCAAUGAAGCUAUUUAUGAGCUGUGAAUUCCAAGUGUAGUGUCUGUGCAGGACACUUAAAAAGAGAUGAAACAGGGCCAACUGUAUCUCUGCUCUGAUUGGUCAGACCUCCCCCCCCUCCCACAGCACCACCUGCCUGUAGUUAGUAUUUGCUUUCUGUAUUAGUUUAGCUGCACUUUGCUUGAAGAGGAGCACUGCACGAAGAGGAAAAAAUAAACUGUGCAUCUAUUCUGAUUUUACCACAAAUAAAGUUUGGAUCUGAAAACAAGACUGUGUUUUUUAAACCCUCCGUAGAUAUCUGCUAAUGGAUUGACCAACUCAAUCAUUUUAGUGUCUGUGUCAAAUGUUGUAAUGCUUUAAAAAGUUCAGGUUGCUGGACAUGCAGUCAGCUGUUUAUUUAUAUGUGCACUUUGUUUCCACAUAAAAUCAGGUAAACAUUAAAUCAAUGCACCUAUCAAGAACAUGCUCACAUCUUGACAUGAGAAGGCUAGAGUCAGUUUAGGUGAGUGAAGGUGAGCUUCAAAUUGUUAUUGGUAGGUUCAUUGUCAGAUAAUGUUCAAGGUUGAGCACCAGAGUUUCACUCUCCUUCUGCAUCAGAGUAUGAGAGAUCUGCUGAUGAGGUUCACAUCUUCCAUUGAUUGCUGCAGUGAAAUCAAACAGACGGAUGCAGAAGAAUGAAAUCAAGCUAGUGUGAUUCUGGGCUGAUUCUAUGUACAACAGUUAUGACACUGAACUGUUCUACUGCAAAGGUCACUGUAACCCCCCUUCACUUGUCUGAUCAUUUCUUAAUUCAAUUCACUGUUGCCAUCCCACAGCUUGCUCUACAGAUGUUCCAAAUCCCUCAAGCCAACUCAGCUGGCUGUCGAAGUCUUGGUUGCCUCGCUUUAUAAUGAGUUCUGCAUGCUUUCUGUGUGGAUAUAAACAUACUCUGCUCCUCACUGUCCUCAUUUCCUUGUCCUCUUGUAACAAAGCCUGCCAGCAAACACCCCCCCGCCCUAGUCCCAGGCUCACUGAGGUUAACUGAAGAGCAAAGAACAGACUCAGGGUGUAAGAAAUAAAGUACAACUGACGACUGCAACUCCUCACUAGCAGGCCUGCAUGCACAGUCAAACCUCUAGAGAUGGUCCUGAAUGCAGCAGCACAUCUGAUUUUAAACCAACCCAAAAUAGCACGCCACUCCACUGUACAUCUCUCUCCACUGGCUUCUUGUAGCUGCCAACAUUAAUAUAAAGCUUUACUUUUGCCUAAAAAACUGCCACAAAAUCAGGUCCUGCAUACCUGCAGGUAUGCCAGACUUUUCUCUUGUCUCGUCCCCUGGGGGUGCAAUGGAUUACCAAACUCUAUCAGAUCUACUGAGUCUCUUUCUACCUUUAAGAAAAAAGUCCAGACUCAGCUCUUUAGAUAAGAUAUUCCUUCAUUAGUCCCAAGGGGGGGAAAUUCCAAGAGAGAACGCCUAUGCAAUUAAGCCCAUCUCUUCUCCUCAGUGGUAGAAUAACUGAAACAAAUGUCCCCUUUUACUUUGAGACACUUGACCCAGCUUUUUGUGAAUGUUUCAGCACUUGAUGAACCUGAUGAUGAGGAGGAGGAUAUUGGUGAUAGUGAUGCCAAUGAUGGUGAUGAGAAUAUUGGUGAUAGUGAUGCUAAUGACGAUGAUGGCGGGAGAUAAUGACAAUGAUGACUUGGUUGGCGAUUCACUUUGGUUUAUGAGUUAAUGGUUGUGAUACAUCACUUGCAUUGCCUUCUAACUGCAUGACAGCAUUAUGCCCAAUUUCAGUUCUAGCAGUUUUUGACCCUUACUCAAGUCAUUUCUCUACAUCAAGUUCUUAGUUGUGUUGUAUUUGCUCUCAAAUAUUAAUUGCUUUGAACAAAAGUGUAUCAUACAUGACAUUGUAACAUUGUAACAUCAACAUCAGGUAAUAAAUUAAACAAAAACAAACAAACAAACAAACAAAAAAAGGUAAAGGUCUGUGACUUAAAGGUAAGACUUUAGUUAAGAGAGGCGCCUGUUGUCCUGAACUAAAAAUAAUAAACAGCUGCUGAUCAAUGUUCAUGCAUUUAAGUCCCAUGAGUCUAAACACUGAUCCCACGCCAAUAUUUGAUUCCUUUAAGUCCAGCUGCAGGGCACACAGAGUCCAAACCGAUAUUUAAGUCCUGUAAGUCAAACUGCAUGGCACACUGAGCCCAGAUCCAUGAUAUAGAGUCCUGUGAGUCCACCUAUAGGGCACAAUGGGCCCACUCCUCUGUUUUAGUCUUGUAAAUCCAGCUACAGGGCACACUGAGCCCAGAUCCACGACAGAGUCCUGUAAGACCAGCUACAGGGCAAAGUGAGCCUACUCUAUUUGUAGGUCACAUGACUUAACUGUUGGUCAACGGUCCUUGUUUGUGUCUGACCAGAAGUCUGGAUUCUCCUGAUACCACGUCACUGUAAGACCAAACACAGUUAUAAAAUAAUAUUACAUGGGACAGGAAACAGCUGAUCUGGUUCUUUGUGUGUGUGUGUGUGUGUGUGUGUGUGUGUGUGUGUGUGUGUGUGCAUGUGUUUCUGCAUGUACCUGUUUGUCUGAUCCCCUCUGCCCAGGUCACCUGUGCUCUCCAGCCAAGCUGCUGCAGUUUCUCACAGGUGAUUGGGUAUCUGAGCUCAGUUCUUGGCCUGCCAAGGUCAAAGGUUAACAUCAGAGUUAAAAUAACUCAAACUUGGGUUUUCACAAAAUCAGGUGAUUACAGACGGAGGAAAUUGUGGGCUAUCUGACGAUUUGUUUAAGUGUGGCACCAUCAUGCAUAGCGGCUACAACUGUGGUGGUAACUCAGUGCCUGCUGUGGGCAGACUGUGUGGAUGGCGGGAUUAAAACUAAACUAAACUAAAAAUGAACUAAAAAUUGCAGCAAUAGGUCACUCAGUAAUGAGCUAAAUUACUGAUGAUUAUAAUACUUAUUAUUUUUCUGCUCUGAAAAAAAUCUCCCUCGUGUGUAGCUGAUCAGUCUGUACAAUGUCUACUCUCAUACAGACUUAGGGCUCUAUUUCCGUGUCCGCUGGUGAGGCGGUGGAGGGUGGCAGACCCCGCGCAGUGGUAUUUCCGUCUGGCGCACUGAGGUCUGCCAAGCUGGGCGUGGUGGCGUAGCAGAGGGAGGUGUCAACAGAAUCAGCUGCCGCAGUGACAUUUUCGUGCCCGCCGUCACCGAUGCCUCACUGGCAGGUUUCCACAGUGUCAGGCACAUUUCAGUGCAAUAAAUAAUCAUCAACAAAUAAUCUGAGUCAGCACAUACAUUUAGAUCUAUAUAGAUAUAUUCUGAUCUAUAUCUGAUCUGAUAAGCGUGUUUGGCAGUUGUUUAGACACACAACCUGAACGAAUCAAAACAGCUGAAACCGCAUUAAAUUAAAUUAGAUAUCUAGUAAAUAGACACACAUGAUGAAGUUAACAAGAUAUGUAAUUCGUCUCCCUCCUUUUCUUUCUUCCUCUUCCUCUUAUUUCUUGCGCAGCUCGACCUGGACAUGUCUUCGUGUCCUCUCCCCGUCCUGCUGCAGCUGCUGCUGCGGCGGCUGAACAGAUGAUUUGUUUCAGUGAUCAGAUGAGUUAUUAACUUUAAGCCUACAUACGAAUAUUACAAUAUUCAGUUUUGUGAGCCAAAUUUAUUUUAUAUGCCAACAUCUAUGAAAGAAAGAGCCAGGCCACGGAGCGCGACGCGUCAUUACGCACAGAUGGUUCAAAUUUCAAUGCCAUUAUUGGAAUUUAUGAUGUGAUCUCUGCGCACAACCCAUCUUUGUCACAUAAGGUUUGAAUAUGUGCAACUUUAUGUGUCAUUAUUUGUUGAAAGGGAUGUUUGUCUUACUUGUGGAUCCAACAUAACACACACCAAACCCAUCUGUGUUCAUAUGAGAGUGUGAAGGACGCCCUCUGCAGCUCUUACAGCGACAUUUGUUGAGGGGCUGCCUUCUGUCGCCAUUAUGUGGCAUUGUUGUCUUCAGACAUCUCUUGAUCUCUUUGACUACUUCACGAAAAUAGUAAUACGCCUCGCCGGUGGCAGAUUUAAAGGCGAGGAGAGGAGCUGAUGUUAUUGGUCAAUACAGGUCUCGGCUGUAUUAAACCCACUCUAUGCCCUCUCUCCUACCUCGCUAUGACUUACGCUGCCGGAAGGAGCUGAGUUUGGGAGAGGGGAUACUUAUGCCGGGCUGCGCCGCUCACCAAAAUACCAAAUU